AUGCCCCACCCAUUAUCUAAAGAUCUAUUGUACAAAGAUGGCAGUAAAGUGACCACAGUAUUAGCAACUCCUGGCCAGGGUCCAGACCGGCCCCAAGAGAUUGGUUAUGCUGAUACAAAAGUCAUUGGAAAUGGCUCCUUUGGAGUGGUUUAUCAGGCCAAGCUAAUUGAUACGGGUGAACUGGUAGCUAUCAAGAAAGUUUUACAGGAUAAAAGGUUCAAAAAUCGUGAAUUACAGAUUAUGCGAAAGUUGGAACAUCAGAACAUAGUUAAACUGAAAUACUUUUUCUAUUCCUCAGGUGAAAAGAAAGAUGAAGUAUUCCUGAAUUUAGUACUGGAAUAUGUGCCUGAGACUGUGUAUAGAGUAGCUAGGCAUUAUUGCAAGUCCAAACAGACAAUACCUACCUUAUAUAUUAAGCUUUACAUGUAUCAAUUAUUCCGGAGUUUAGCAUACAUCCAUUCCCAAGGAGUAUGCCACAGGGACAUAAAACCACAGAAUCUUUUACUUGACCCAGAAACUGGCAUUCUUAAAUUAUGUGAUUUUGGAAGCGCAAAAGUAUUAGUCCGAGGAGAACCAAAUGUAUCCUACAUUUGUUCAAGAUAUUACCGAGCCCCAGAACUAAUUUUUGGUGCUACAGAUUACACAUGUCAAAUAGAUGUCUGGUCUGCUGGUUGUGUACUGGCUGAAUUAUUGCUAGGACAGCCCAUCUUUCCAGGCGACAGUGGCGUUGAUCAGUUGGUGGAGAUAAUCAAAGUUUUGGGAACACCUACGAGAGAACAAAUCAGGGAAAUGAACCCAAAUUACACAGAAUUCAAAUUUCCACAGAUCAAACCACAUCCUUGGCCAAAGAUUAUUCUAAAUAUGGUCCUUCCCUAUAACUUUGUCAGUGUUGGUCAAAUUCUCCACCACCACCAUUAA